GUAAGAGACUAUAGUCAGGAUUCAUCUGUUCCAAUCUGUUCAUUUUCAUUAUUCAUGGUGUAUGCAGAUUCAUGACUUUAUGGACUUUAUGUGUGAGAUUGAGUCGCAGCAAGUCUAAUUUCUGAAAUUUAACGAAAAUCCUGAAGUCUGGAGUGUUAAAACGAGUGAAAAUCGGGAAAAAUCGACUUGGAUUUACUCUAGUCACAUAUUUAUGUGAAAAUCUACGCGUUCUUAAAUCUGUUUCUGGGUUAUUGUAUCGGGAAACAUUAAUAUAGUCGAACGUCGGAAAUUUUGUUCUAGACAUCUCGGUUUAGUUUAAGGCUUUUUUUUACUUAUUUUGUGUCGGUAUAGAAAAUUAAAUUGCAAGGAGUUGUACCCCGUUUAGUCAUUGAGUCUUCAGGAAAAACGGUGAGGCUUGGAAAAAUGGGUAGAUCAAGAUCACGAAGUAAAUCACCGAGUAGGCGGCGUCACAAGAGUAAGCAUUCACGGAAAAGAUCAAAAUCUCGUGAGAAACGCUCCAGCAGUAAAUAUUCGGAAAAAACGAAAGAACGCAGUUCGAAAUCUAGAAAAAGGUCACAUUCUCCGUCUACAAGUACAGCUUCGGAUGUAUCCGAUGAUAUUCACAUUGUCAGUCACAAGAAGCGUUCCUACAGGGACAGAGAAAGAGAUCGCAAAAUGGAUGAAGUUGAGAGACUGGCGGAAAUGGAGAGACAAAGGAAAAAGAAAGAGUUAACGAACAAAAUCCUCGCGUCGAGUGCGGUUGGAUUAUUAGAUAUAGAAAGAAACGCCCGAUGCGUGUCUGCCUACAGGCGGCAGCGAGAGGUGGAGCAAAAGAUGGUUGAGGAGGAAGCUGCGAAACGCAUUGAGGAACUUGUACAGAAGAGAGUUGAGGAAGAACUUGAGAAGCGGAAAGAGGAAAUCGAAGCUGAAGUUCAAAGGCGGGUUGAAGAGGCUAAGAGAGCCAUGGAGCGCCAGAUGAUGGAGGAAAUGGAGUGGCGACAGGCAAAGCUGCGAGAAGAGGAAAAACGAAGAGAGGAGGAAGAGCGGAAAAAGCGCGAGGAACUUGAGAGGAUCAUGGAGGAGAACAACAGAAAGAUCGAGGAAGCACAAAAGAAAUUGGCCGAGGAGAGACUCGCAAUGGUCGAGGAGCAACGGCUAAUGGAAGAAGAGAGACAAAAAAUGAGAAAAGAACACGAGAAGCGAGUGAAAGAAGAGCAGAAAAAGAUUCUUGGGAAAAAUAAUUCGAGGCCCAAAUUAUCUUUUACGCUUAAACCAGUAACGUGAGUCUUGGGUCUAGUUGUAUUUGUGAUAAACGUAUAUCCUUGUCGGUUUUGAAACUAGUUCACAAUCCACAAGAACUUCUAA